AUGAAGCAGACACUCCUCCCUCUCUUUGCGGCUGGAGCCGCUGCACUAUACGUGCCUUUCCUGGGUGUCAAGGAGAAACAACUCCUACCAAUUGCCGAGGACCAUCUUGGAAAGAAUGUUCUCUCCAAAGUUCAGGACUCCUGGGACGAUUCCGCACCCUCCAUCUACUCCUCUUUGAUCGAGAAACACAUCAUCGAGGAACUUGAGGAUACCCUCAACAAGGAUCACAAGCAUCACGACCACGAUCAUGACCACGAUCAUGACCACGACGGUGACCAUGGCGGACACCACGGCCAUCACGGCCCCCACCACCCCCCGGGAGACACCAGCAAGUCCAUCUACGAACUGAUCAAAGAGUCCAAAUACAGCGAGCGUUUCGCCAAGAUCGUCGACGAGCACGACGACAUUAAGAAGCUGCUCAACAACACCGACGGCAACAACAAGCACAACUACACCAUCUUCGUGCCUACCGACAAGGCCUUUGAAAGAUUUCCCCAUCACCCCGACCAUCCUCCCGAGGAAGUCGUCCGCCACGUCCUCCAGCAUCACAUCCUCCCCUACCGUCGACCCAUCUUUCACGAUCAUCGUCGUCAUGAUCAUGACCACCACGACCAUGAUCACGACCACCACGACCAUGAUCACGACCACCACGACCAUGAUCACGACCACCACGACCACGACCACGACCACGACCACGACAAGGACUCCUACUCCCAAGAAGAUGAACAAAAUUUCCACAUCUUAUCCUUCCCCCACCUCCUCCCCUCCCUCCACACCCUCCCCACAGAACUUCACUCCCCCCUCCUCGACCACCGUCCUCAACGCCUGCGCCUGUCCACAUCCCCCCUCUUCUUCGGCCACGGCGGCGUCCGCGUCAACUUUGUCAACCGCGUCGUCAUGCCCAACAUCUACGCCUCCAACGGGCUAAUCCACGCCGUCGACGGGAUCCUCGUCCCUCCUCCCCCGGCUCUCAAGGGAGUUUCGCUUUUGCCGUCGCUAUUUAGCACUUUCUCUCUGGCACUGGAGAAGACUGGCCUUGGUGAGGAGUUGGGUCACGACGACGAUGACGACGACGAUGACGAUAAGGACAGAGAUGACAAGAAAAAGAAGAAGAAGCAACAGGUUCCUCUAAUCAUAAUGGGAGGCGGCGAAAAGGAAGGCAAGGGAGGUACCCUCUUCGCCCCCACCAACCGCGCCUUCGCCCGUCUCGGUCCGCGUCUCAAUGCCUUCCUUUUCAACACCGAGCGCGGAAAGAAGUAUCUAAAGGCUAUUCUUAAGUAUCACUUUGUUCCGGACCAAACCGUCUACUCGGACGCUUACUACAAGGGUGGUUCUGGCGAUGAUGGCAAGUGUAUGGAGCAAGAUGGUGAUACCUCCAACAACUGCUGCCCGCCGACGCACUACGACUUGCCUACUCUCCUAAGUGAGGACGCGAGGCUGGGUGUCGAUAUCAAGAAUUGGAGGGGGUAUACGACCAUGGUUGUUAAUGGAUUUAAUCGGCCGAGUGUUUUGGAUGGGCCGGCGGCCGAUGGGGUCAUUCAUGUUGUUUCGAGCGUUUUGAUUCCGCCCCGCAGGGGAAAUGGUGAGAUGACAGAGGAGGACGUCGGGGAGAUGAGUGUUGAGGAGUUGGUGGCUAGGUUGGAGCCGUAUUUGCAUGGAGAGGGGGUUGAACGCCCGCACAAUGGAGAUUUAUAG